AUGUUAGAGAAAUCUGACCAUGAAGCGAUCGCAGAAAAUGCUCGGAGAGCCCUGGACCUUCUGGACGAUCAGGUAUUUGGAUUGGCCGAACAGGAAAGGUAGUAUUCUGCGAAAGAAUGCAAGCGCGCUCCUCCGCACUCCUGCUUGCAAACCAAUCAAUUCAUUAUUUUUUCAGGCAAAUCGAGAAUAUUGUGUACGAUUUUCUGCAGACGAAAGAUGGAAAGUCUUGCCUUCUCGAAGGUAAUCAAAUUUUAUGAAAUUUUCUUCAAAAAAGCAUUUAGGCGAACGGAGUUGCGGCCGAGAAAGCACUUUGCGAAAAGUGCUUUACAAGUUCAAGAAGAGACUUCGCGUGAUAAAUGCCGGAUUCGUGGCUGCCGAUGCCACGUAUCAACAUGAAUUGGCGACUGAAGAAGAUGAAGGAUGCUCCGUGUUUUUAGUGAGGGACGCCGACAAACUGCUGACUCCGCAGCAGCAAAAGUUCUUGUACACUAUGGUCGAUAAGGCGACACACUUCUCAUGGCUCGUCUUUUUUUCCGUGUCCAUACAGGUUGACAUCUCUUGCGAAACUCCUGAUCAAUAGGCAUUUUCAGAAUUUCACACAGAAUCUGCAAAAACAGGCGACAUCGCGAAUCCCAAAAGUGCAAGUUUCAUUUGAUGGAACGCACGAUUACGAAGAGUACUGCUUGGCGAUGAGCCAAUUUCUGAUUCCCAGUGAAUCCAAGUGCGGUUAGUUUCUAUACAGCAGUUGGGUUUAUUGAGGUUUCCUCAUUUUCAGCCAAGAGCAAGUGCUACAAGCAGUUUAUUGAUCAGCUAAACUUAAAAAAAUGGCUUAGGGCAGUAUUCGAGGUAAGUGGUUCCGCUGAUUGCCCUCAAGAAUGUGAAAUGAUUUUCAGACGAGCAACUUCGUUGUUCUGAAGCAGUUGGCGGCUCAGAUUCUUAUGCUUUUCGGAUAUCACUGCAACGAAGAGAAAGACUGGACAGCCGAGAGUAUCAGCGGAAAUAUCCGUACAAUUGUGGGUCGCUCUUUGCCGGAAUACAAUUCGAGACUUGAGUUGUUGAAAGGUUUGAGAGAGAGAGAGAGAGAGAGAGAGAGAGAGAGAGAGAGAGAGAUGUUUGAUUACGAUAAUGCCUUUUUUCAGAUCAAACAAUGCGAGCUCAGUGCGUGUUCCUCUGCGUCUGGAGACUUUUGCAGAAUAAAGUGUCGGACGGUCCGUGGACAGCUCCGAAGACCACGUAUCGCGCUGUUUUUCUUGGUAUUUGUAAACUGAAUGAAUCUUGCAAGAUUGCAAAUUAAUUCAGAAUUCAAAAAAUUGACCAACAGAUACUAUAAUAUUCUCGACGUGAGCAGCGAUUUAUUUGUAUUCCGAGAGCUCGACCACUUAGUGGAAAUGGGAUUGUUGAAGGCAGACGAGAGCAUCAGUGUGACCAACACUUCCUUCAGGUGAAGAAGAAACUGAUAUAGGCUGAAACUUCGCAUUUUCAGAAAAGUCUGGCUGCACUUAACUGAGAAAACGGUAAAAAAUACGAUUCCGAGUUUGAACUUGCCGACCAAAGUUUGCGAUUUUUUCCUCAGCAUUCCCAAGUAA